AUGGACUACAAAGACGAACAGAGUCAGGAACUUGAAGUUCUGGAAUCUAUAUAUCCAGAUGAGUUUGCCGUUCAGUCCGACGAGUAUCCCAAGGUUCAGUUCAGCGUGAGUCUCCCACUGGACUUGGUACCGCUGGAGUCCUCCUCUUUCACUCAGGACUCUAUCAACAUGGAACACCAUCUGGUGCUCAACUUCAAACUUCCUGAAACAUAUCCCGAGACAGUACCAGAGAUUACAAUAGAGUGUGAGCAGGAGCGCAAAGCUAAUGUGCACGAUGACUCUGAAGACAGCGAAGAAGACGAAGAGGUCGAAUACGACGAGCACGGCAAUCCGGUCGAGUCGAAACUCGCCAACCUGCCAGAUCAGGUUCAAUUCGACGAGUACGUUAAAGUGCUUGAAUCCCAGGUUGAAUCACAGGCCAGUGAGGAUAUGCUAAUUGGCAUGCAAAUGUGCUUUGCCCUGGUAUCCUGGAUUAAAGAAUCUUGUGAGCACCACUUCCAAGAGCGGCUUGCGGAACUUGAGCGUGAGCACGAGCGCAAACUCCUGGACCGUGAGGCUGAAGAGCAGAAGAAGUUUCGCGGGACCAAGGUCACUAGCGAAUCAUAUUUGGAGUGGAGGGCAAAAUUCCGCGAGGAAACUGGACUUAACGAGCGUGACGCUGCAAGAAAGGUCGAGGCCCAUAGCGGCAGGUUGACUGGAAGACAAAUCUUCGAGCAAGGUCUAGAUGGUAGCGAGGAUGUAGAGGAAGAAUAA